CUUUGGCGGCGGAGCUCUUCCGUCCCACACAGGACUUGUUUGGCCGCAGCCUGGAGACUGGCAGCAUUCAUCCAGCAACCUCUUUCAGCGUCGGAGCGCACUCUUCUGAAGCGGAUCUUGCUUUCUUUUUUCUUUUUUUUCUCUCUCCUAUUUUAACCUCCACCUGUUGAUGACGUCCCGACGGGCCCCGGGACGCAGGGCACACCAGUGAUUUGUCCCCCGGGAAGUACCGCCAAACCCCCGCAGGAGUCCGUCCUGCAAAAGAAGGACUUUUGUUGUUUUUUUUUGUUUUUUUUUCCUCUCGUCUCAGAGGACUUGGAAAAUGUGCUCCCGGAUCUUCGGACUCUUGCUCAGUUCGCUCCUUUUAUGCCAGCUGCUGACUGUGACACGGGCCUCCAAGGUGUGGGGGGAGGUCCCUCCGCCAGACGACUCCGUGGAGCAGAAGGACGUCCCGGCGGCCCCGAGCCUACUGGGCGACGACGAGGACUUUGUCGCCGAUGGGGCGUCAGGAGAUCUGCCCAGCGGCGAGGAUGAUGGGAGCGCACCGUGGCCCCCAGUCUCUGAGACCACAAAUGGCUGGCAGGGGUCUUCCUAUGUGGUGAACAUAAAGAACUCGGUCCAGCCCACCACCAGUCGAUCCACAGUUUAUUACAGAGCUCUGGUCAACUUCACCGACUCCAUCGUCUACAGCUCGGAGCUGGAAGACAUCUUCUCGGUGGCCUUCAAUGAGAUCUCCCAGGCUGUGGUUGACACGCUGGAGUCGGAGUACAACAGGAUUCCAGGUGUCCAGACGGUCAACGUGGUGCUCGUUAAGAGGCUGCUUAGAGAGAAUGGCGCAGACGUGUUUGUGGAACUGGAUGUCGGCUCGGACUACAACAGCAACAGCCAACAGAUCCGAAGUGUGCUCUACAGCGUCGUGCAGAGUGGAGAAAUCGCCUCCUACGUCACAUCAGUGGAGGGCUUUACCUUCAGGCAGCUUGGAGAAGUCACCCCCGCCAUCGUGCCCUGCAUGCCGGAUGAGCACAGGUGUGGCGACGGGACUUGCAUCCUGUUGGAAUACCUGUGUGACAACCGAGCGGAUUGUCGCGAUAUGAGCGACGAGAACGAUUGCGAUAUGAUCGGGCCCGUUUUCCCGACCGCGCCCACCCGCGCCACCGCCAGCACCGCCGCCAAACCUCCGCAGCCUCCCGUGGUCCCGGGACUGUGCAGGGCGGACCAGGCCAAGUGCCAGAGCGGGGAAUGCAUCCCCAGGGACUACAUCUGUGACAGUGAGAGGGACUGCUCGGACGGGAGCGACGAGUUGCGAUGCGGAACUCCGUCGCCAUGUGAGCCCAACGAGUUCAAGUGUAAGAACGGUCGCUGCGCCCUCAAGCUCUGGCGGUGUGACGGCGACAACGACUGCGAGGACAACUCCGACGAGCUCGACUGCCCCACCAAAGGUCCCGACGACAGAUGUGCUCCAGAGCAGUUCGAGUGCCUGAGCGACCGCACUUGCAUCCCGGCCAGUUACCAAUGUGACGAAGAACCCGACUGCCCCGACCGCUCCGAUGAGUAUGGCUGCACCCCGCCCUCGGUGACAAGCCCGCCAGAAGAAUCCGUUCAAGCCGCCCGGGGGGCGACUGUCACGUUCACCUGUCGGGCUGUCGGCGUGCCGACACCCAUCAUCACCUGGAGACUCAACUGGGGGCACAUCCCAAUCAGCGGCAGAAUCUCUAUGACCAACGAGAAUGGCCGCGGCACCCUCACCAUACGCGACGUGAAGGAGGCGGACCAGGGGGCCUACACCUGCGAGGCCAUCAACGCCAAAGGUUUAGUGUUCGGCAUUCCCGACGGAGUCCUGACCCUCACCUCCAAUCCCGACUCAGACUGCCCGGGUGGUCACUUCACCGUGGAGGGCCGUUGCGUUUCCUGCUUCUGCGCCGGAAUCACCAAGAACUGCAAGAGCACCGGGCGCUACCGCAACCAGAUCAGUCUGCGCUUCACCCAAGAGGACGACUUCAAAGGAGUGAACGUCAGCUACCCGUCCAGGCCGGGCACGCCUCCUCUGUCCUCCACGCAGCUGCUCAUCAACCCUGAGAUGGAGGAGUUCCAGCUGGUGGAUUUGUCUCGUCGGUUUCUCAACCUGGAUUCUUUCUGGACCUUGCCUCGCCAGUUUCUCGGCAACAAGAUCGACUCCUACGGAGGAUCCUUGAAGUACAAGGUGCGCUACAUUUUGGCCCGCGGACUGUCGGAGCCCGUGGACAAGCCGGACGUCAUCCUGGUGGGAAACGGCCGCAGGCUGAUAUACCGCCGGGGCCGCCCCAGUCCUGCGGGCGUGGUCAACCAGAGAGAGAUCCAGUUCACGGAAGAUCACUGGCAGCACUCCAGCGGCCAGCAGGUGAGCCGCGAGGACCUGAUGCUGACCCUGGCAGACCUGGACAGCAUCAGCAUCCGCACCAUCUACGACAACCACAUGGUCAGCGUGGCGCUCAGCGACGUCGUCAUGGAUACCACCACCGUGGAGUUCAGCACCCGAGGCCACGCCAAGGAUGUCGAGGAGUGCAGAUGUCCUCCUGGAUAUACGGGCCUGUCCUGUCAGAUGUGUUCCUCUGGCUUCGAGCGUGUCCCCGGGGGCUCCUACCUGGGCACCUGCGCCGGCUGCAACUGUAACGGACACGCCAGCGCCUGCGAUCCAAUCAGCGGACACUGUCUGAGCUGCCAGCACAACACAGAAGGGCCUCAGUGCCAAAAGUGUCGGCCGGGGUACUUCGGGGACCCGAGUCGAGGCCGGUCCGACGACUGCAAGCCCUGCCCUUGUCCGUACUACGAAACCUCCCGCCGGUUUUCUGACACCUGCUUCCUGGACUCGGACCAGCAGCCGACAUGCGACGCCUGCAGGCCCGGCUACACGGGAAGACGCUGUGAAAAAUGUGCUCCUGGUUACCAAGGCAACCCCCUCCUGCUCAAUGGAAAAUGUGCUCCCCUGCAAACCAAGUGCGAUAACAGAGGAACCAUCAGCUCCAACAGCAGGCCCUGCAGCUGCAAGAACAACGUGGCGGGCGCCCAGUGUGACGAGUGCAAGCCCGGCUUCUUCCAUCUCUCGGGGAUCAACCCCGAGGGCUGUCUGCCUUGUUUCUGCAUGGGCGUCACCAAGCAGUGCGCCAGCUCCACUUGGAGUCGGGAUCAGGUGCGAGGGGGAGUGAACGGGCAGGUUUUUGGCCUCACCAACGGCGGCAACAGCAGGACUAUCACCGAGGGCGUUUCUCAGAGGGGUCCUUCUGAGGUGGUCUACCGCUACUUCUCCACUAUCCCCAAGGACAUCUACUACUGGGUCCUGCCGGAGAGCUUCAGAGGAGAUAAGGUGACGGCCUACGGCGGCGAGCUGCGCUACACGGUGCGUUUUGAGCAGUUCCAGCGCUCGCUGGUGAUCGAUGGCCAGCCAGACGUGGUCCUCCAGGGCAACGGCAUCUCCCUGGAGCACUUCGCCCGGACCAAGGCCCUCCCGCGCACCCCGCAAACUGUCACCGUGACAUUCAGAGAGUCGGAAUGGCGUCGCACCGACGGGCAGUCGUGCACGCGGGAACACCUCCUGAUGGCUCUGGCCGACGUUAGCGCCUUGCUCAUUCGGGCCUCGUAUGCGGACAACAUGGCGGAGAGCAGUAUAUACGAUAUCAAGAUGGACGUCGCUGUUCCUGACUCAACUGGGAGUGAACACGCCCUCGAGGUGGAAGAGUGUGCAUGUCCUCAAGGAUAUCGAGGACCAUCCUGCCAGGACUGUGAAGAAGGCUACACUCGAACCACCUCCGGUCUUUACCUGGGCACUUGUGAGAGGUGUGAGUGCAAUGGCCACGCCAGCAGCUGUGACCCGGAGAGCGGCAGGUGUCUGCAAUGUCUCCACAACACUGGCGGCGCCAGGUGUGAGCGGUGUCAGACCGGUUACUAUGGAAACCCGACAACAGGCGGCGCUCAGGCGUGCCGGCCGUGCCCGUGCCCGGGGACCGCGUCCAGCAACCAAUUCUCCCCGACCUGUCAUCUGGAAUCCGAUGGUCAGCCAACCUGUGACAGCUGUCCUUCUGGAUACACCGGCAGACGCUGCGAGAGGUGUGCGCCAGGAUACAGUGGCAACCCCGUAAAUGGACAGAAGUGUACUGCUGGCAACGAAGUCAACGGUAACUGCUACAACUGUGACCCAAGAGGAAGUGAAGGCUGCAAUGGCGGAGCUUGUCGCUGCAAAAUGAAUGCUGAAAGUCCAUCCUGCGCCACAUGCAAGCCCGGAACCUUCCAUCUGAGCCAGCAAAACAAAGAUGGCUGCCUGUCCUGUUUCUGCAUGGGCGUCACACAGCAGUGCUCCAGCUCCAACUACUACAGAGACCUGGUAUCUACAGCGUUUUAUCCGGGGAAUUUCCAGGGAUUUGCACUGGUGAACCGCCAACGCACCAACCGCAUCUCCACCGGUUUCACGGUGGAGGUUUCCACUGACGGAACUCAGCUGUCCUACAGCAACUUUGACUACCUUGGACAAGAGCCCCACUACUGGCAGCUUCCAGAGGUCUUCCAGGGAGACAAGAGAGAUCCGUCCUUGACUCGUAUCAAGCGAGCUGAGCAGGGUGAGGAUGUCAGACAUCCGGACGAUGAGGUCUGGGCACUUCUCUCCAACCUCUCCUUUCAAAGACCUCCUGUCUCUUCUUCCUCGUCUUCUCGUUUUUCCACCUCUUCCGCUCUACGGUCUUUGCGCAAUCCGAGCCUGCCUCCUCGUCCGUCGGGCGUCGCCUCUUCCGUUCGACCAACCAGAGCCCAACCGCAGUACCCGGGCCGUGCGGCUCAUUUGCAGAGCAAGAAUUCUUUGAGCACGACGGACGCCCGGGGGUCUGGAGCCAGCAGCAAGUACUCUCUGGUCUACAAAGGUUUCAGCUUGCACCAGGACCAUCUGCUCUACUGGCAGCUCCCCGCACACUUCACAGGGGACAAGGUGGGCUCAUACGGCGGCAAACUGAAAUACACCGUCUCCUACGUGGCCGCUGCCAGAGGAACUCUCCUCGAAGAUGCCGACGUGCAGAUUAUCGGAAAUGACAUCACUCUGGUAGCGGCACAGUCCUGGCAGAGGAGGCAGCUCGGCGGCAGAGAGACCCGGCAGUUUGAGAUCGUCUUCUCGGAGGAACACUGGCGUCGCCCCGACGGCAUGCCCGCCACAAGGGAGCAUCUGCUGAUGGUCCUGGCCGACCUGGACGACAUCCUGAUCCGAGCGUCCUACUUCAGCGAGAUGCGCUCGUCCAGCAUCUCCGACGUCAGCAUGGAGGUGUCCGUGCCCAACUACAGCGGCCUGGCGCAGGCUCUGGAGGUGGAGCAGUGCCGCUGCCCACCCGGAUACAUGGGACUUUCCUGCCAGGACUGCGCGCCCGGUUACACUCGCACAGGCGGAGGCUUGUACUUGGGCCACUGUGAGCUCUGCGAAUGCAACGGCCACUCGGACUCCUGCCACCCGGAGACCGGCGUCUGCACAAGCUGCCUGCACAACUCCCAGGGGGAGCUAUGCGAGCAGUGUGCCCCCGGCUUCUUUGGGGACCCCACUGUUGGCACGCCAGAGGACUGCCAGCCCUGCGCCUGCCCUCACACUGACCCGGACAACCAGUUCUCUCCUACCUGUGAGAGCCUGGGCCAUGCCGGCUACCAGUGUACCGCUUGCCAGCCCGGGUACACGGGCCAGUACUGUGAGCGUUGUGCCCCUGGGUACGUUGGCAACCCACAGGAGAGGCAGAAGUGUCGUCCAUACGAUGCGGCAGCGGCCCUCGUGGUAAGGGUCUACCCGGAGAGGGUUCUGACGAAUCAGGGCGGCUCGGUGGUCCUGCGCUGCCAGGUGUCCGGCUCGCCGCCGCACUACUACUCCUGGUCCAGGGAGGACGGGCGGCCCAUUUCCAGCAGCGUUGACCGACGCAGACAAGGAGCAGAACUUUACUUCCACAAUGUCCAGCCAAGCGACGCCGGCGUUUACGUGUGUACCUGCCAGGACCAGCGCAGCAGCAACAGGAGCCGUGCAGAAAUCGUUGUCACAAGUGUUCCCAGCAAAGCCAUCGAGGUGACCGUGGAGGAGCCCAAAGCCCAAACAAUCCGAGUGGGAGCGACAGUCAACUUCAUCUGCACGGCAAAGAGCAAGUCGCCGGCCUACACGCUGGUGUGGACCCGGCAGGGGAACGGCAAGCUGCCCAACCGCGCCAUGGACUUCAACGGCAUCCUGACCAUCCAGAACGUCCAGCCGGAGGACGCCGGCGUCUACGUCUGCACGGGAUCCAACAUGUACGCCAUGGACGAGGGCAGCGCCAUCCUCUACGUGCCAGAGGCCUCACAGACUCAGACCUUUUACACGGCCUAUGAAAUGUUUGAAGGACACAGAAAGCCUGCUGAGGGCGCCCAGCCUGUGGCCUCCAUCAGGCCUACAUCACUGACUGUCCAGCAGGGCCAGAGGGCGGAGUUUCGAUGCACGGUGACCGGGAAUCCCACUCCUGCCGUCGAAUGGAUCGGAGGACCCAGAAACAGAAUGAGUCCAAGAGCAGUGAUACGAGGCAACCUGUUGACUUUCACAGCAGUGGACCAGGCGGACGAGGGCGAGUACGCCUGCAAAGCCCUGAAUACCCACGGCGAGCACACGGCACGGGUCUCCCUCUUUGUCAAAAAGUCCAACUCCAACGGCGUGGGCACGCAGCCUCAAGUCCAGGUCAGUCCACAGCACAUCGACGCUCACGAGGGCGACACCUUGAGGUUGUAUUGCCGCGCCACGGGAUCGCCCGCGGCCAAACUCACCUGGCUGAAGAACGCAGGCCAAAUCCCUUCCCAGGCCGUCCCCUCUCAUGGUUUCCAUCAGUUUAAAAGGAACAGUGUUGAUGUGGUCUACAGACGUGUUGAGGAGAUGCAGGCCAGCCUGGAUCGCACCGAUAUCGGUACCUUGCUCAUCCCCAACGUGAAGGUAUCGGACUCGGGCACGUACUUAUGUGUCGGCAGCAACAGCGUGGGCUCCAACAGCGCCCCCAUCACAGUCGUGGUGACCCGAGCCGAUCAAAGCUCCUCGCCGGUCACAAUCGUGCCGUCAGCGGCAGACGUCCACGAAGGCCAAGACUUGGUCCUUAACUGCGUGGCAUCUGGGAGUCCUAUUCCUCAAAUCACCUGGACCAGAGCCGGUGGAGGCCUCUCUUCCAACCACCAGGUUGCUGGCAGUCAGCUUCGUAUUCUGUCAGCUACGCCAGAGGACUCGGGAGAGUACGUUUGUCAAGUUCAAGUUCCUGGAUCUCAAAUCCAACGAGCCACCGUCUCCGUUUCUGUUACGUCUUCAGCCUCACGUCUGCAGAGUCCGAUCAUCGCCAUCGAACCUCACAGCGCGGCGGUGCGUGUGGGAGAGUCGGCCAGCUUCCGGUGUAAAGUGUACAGCGGGGCUCAGCCCGUCAGACUGGAGUGGAAACUCGCCAGCAACCAACCGCUGCCAGACAAUGUCCAAAUUGGUGCUGAUGGAUCCGUGAUGACAAUUUCCAACGCAAACGCAGCGAAUCACGGAGCUUACCGCUGUGUGGCCAGCAACCUGUUUGGCAUCACCCACACCAUCGUGUCCUUGAUCGUGAAAGAAUCUCCCGUGGCCAUUGUCACCCCCGUUGGACCGCUGCGCAUCAGAGCAGGUGAACCCAUCAACCUGGAGUGCCAGGCUUCAGGGGAGCCUCGGCCUUCGGUCUCCUGGCACAGGUUGGACAGCAACCGCAAGGUGAUGCUGAGCAGCCGCGUCCCCAUGGAGUCCAACGCAGUCAUGCAGAUACUGGCGGCCCGGGUGGAAGACAGCGGCACCUACGUGUGCACGGCACGCAACAACGAAGGGGGCACGGAGACCAGGGUGGAGGUCAUUGUGGAGGGGGGCUCCCAAGGGCCCACCGCGCCGAGAGCGUUAGUUCCUGAGCCGCUGAUGGUUGUGGUGGAAGGACACACGGCGACCCUACGCUGUGACGCCCACGGUUUCCCCUCUCCAACCGUCACGUGGUCCAAGUUGCGCUCACCUCUGCCUUGGCGACACAAGGUGGUGGGCGGGCAACUGGUGCUGCCCAACGUGGGUCGCCAGGACUCCGGGGAAUAUAUUUGCACCGCCACCAACGACGUGGGCACGACGGAAGUCACCGUUACGCUCGAUGUGGAAACCCCUCCAUACGCCACCUCAGUGCCCGACGACCUGGCAGUGCGUGUGGGGGAGGUGAUCAGGUUGCAGUGCCUGGCGCACGGCACUCCUCCUUUGAGCUACACCUGGACCAGGAUGGACGGCGCGCUGCCUUCCAGGGCUCAGGUCAGUGACGGCGACCUCCAGAUCAAUCUGGCGACCCCCGAAGACGCCGGCAACUACAAGUGCGUGGCCAGCAACCGGGUGGGCCACAGUGAAGUGGUGGCCAGAGUUGCGGUCAGAUGUAAGUCCCAGGAAUACCUCGAUACUGGAUUUGGUGUUUGGAUCCAAGUGCUGUCCCUGAACGCCACACUGCUCACUGCUGCUCCUCUUUCAGCGCCACUGGCGGUGCGGGUGUGGCCGCAAGUGGAGGUGAAGGCUCAGGGCAGCGCGGUGGAGUUCACGUGUUCUGCAGCCGGAGGAGUGGAGACCAAAGUUGAGUGGCUGAAGGAGGGCGGCGCCCUGCCCCCGAACCACCACGUCAAGGACGGCGUGCUCAGGAUUGAGAACCUCGAGCAGAGCAACGAAGGCGUUUACAUCUGCCGGGCCAGCAGCGUGUACGGCCAGGCUCAGGACGCGGCCCGGCUGACCAUUCAAGCCCUGCCCAAGGUGAUGAUCAACGUGCGCACCUCGGUGCAGACCGUGAUGAUCGGCAACUCGGUGGAGUUCGAGUGCCAGGCGGUCGGCGACCCCGAGCCCAGCGUGCAGUGGAGCAAAGUGGGCGGGACUCUGCCCGCACACAUCGUGGUGACGGGCGGCAUGCUGAAGAUCCGCCGCGUGACGGAGGCCGACGCGGGCCAGUACCGCUGCACGGCCACCAAUGACGUGGGCUCGGUACAGUCCCAGGUGGUGCUCAAUGUCCAGUCUCUUCCUCAAAUUUCUGUCAUGCCUGAACGGAAGGAAGUGGCGGUGGGCUCGGACGCCGUCUUGCCGUGUGUGGCGUCCGGGUAUCCCGUGCCUGAGAUCAACUGGUCCAAGGUGGAAGGGGAGCUUCCCGCCAAGUGCUCCCAGGACGCCGACGUGCUGACGGUUCCUCGGGUGGCGCACGGCGACUCGGGGACGUACGUGUGCACGGCCUCCAACAAGCAUGGCAAAGUGGAAGCCUUCACAAAGCUGGAAGUCCGCGAGAGGGUGAUGCCCUACUUUGCCCAGGAGCCGCUGUCCUAUCUCACGCUGCCCACCAUCAGGAACGCCUACAAGGCCUUCAGCAUCACAAUCAACUUCAGACCCGACAACGUUGACGGUAUGAUCCUUUACAACGGCCAGAGGAGAACCACAGGCGCUGACUUCAUCUCCCUUGGCCUGGUGGGCGGUCGUGUCGAGUUCAGGUUUGACGUGGGUUCUGGCAUGGCCACCAUUCGUGAUCCCAACCCCGUCCAGCUGGGAGAGUUCCACACGGUGCAGCUUUAUCGUAACCGCACCCUGGGCUACAUCAUCGUAGACGGCGGCGAGCCCAUCAACGGCAGCUCCCAGGGCAAGUUCAAGGGCCUGGAUCUGAACGAGGAGCUGCAUGUGGGCGGGUACCCCAACUAUACGGCCCUGGCAAAAACUGCUGGCAUCAAGACCGGAUUCGUUGGGUGCAUUCGCCAGCUGGUCAUCCAAGGGGAGGAGGUCAUUUUCAAGGAUCUGCAUCGCAGCUCCACCGGCGUUACAAACUGUCCCACUUGCAGGGAUCACCCGUGUCAGAAUGGAGGAAGGUGCGAGGACUCAGACAGCAGCCUGUAUAAAUGUGGCUGCCCCCGAGGGUUUACCGGCAGCAACUGUCAGCAUCAUUCGUCGCUCCACUGCCACUCAGAGGCGUGUGGUCCAGACGCCACCUGCAUCAACCGCCAGAGCGGUUUGGGUUACGACUGCCGCUGCCACCUUGGGAAGUUCGGAAACAAGUGCAUGGACGGCGAGUUGGUCAGCACACCGCUGUUUGACGGACACGAGUCGUACGUCUCCUAUCCUCCGCUGACCAACGUCCACGAUGACCUGCGGGUGGAAAUGGAGUUCAAAGCGCUGAAGGGAGACGGUUUGAUGUUCUUCUGCGGGGGGAAGAAGAUGAGGGUGGAGGACUUUGUGUCCAUCUCCAUGGUGGACGGCCAUGUGGAGUUCAAGUAUGAACUGGGCACAGGUCAGGCAGUCCUUCGCAGUCCAGAAGCAGUUUCUCUGGGCCAGUGGCACCGCCUUGUUGCUGAGCGGAACAAGCGGGACGGUCACCUCAAGGUGGACCACGGCCCCGUAGAGAGGAGGACUUCCCCGGGCAAAGCCCAGGGCCUCAACAUCCACACCUCCAUGUUCCUGGGAGGCGUGCCCAGCGUGGACCUCCUGCCCAAGCCGGCCAACGUCAGCGGCAUGUUCGAGGGCUGCGUGGGCGAGGUUCUGAUCAACAACAAGACGCUGGAUCUGUCCUACAGCUUCACGGAGAGCCGGGGCGUGCGGAGGUGCGUGGACGGCAGCCCGUGUGACCGAAGACCCUGCCUGAACGGAGGGCACUGCAUGCCCAACGCCGAGUACGAGUACCAGUGCCUCUGCCAGGAUGGCUUUGAAGGCGAGCGCUGCGAGGUCGCGAGGGACGUCUGCCGCGACGACCGCCAGUGCCAGAAUGGCGGCGCCUGCGUGGACGGCCGAUGUUUGUGUCCGUCGGGCUUCACGGGCCUCAACUGUGAACAAAGCCGUGCCGUCAGCUUCCCAGAGGCGGCGUGGAGACCCGAGGCCAGCGUGGCUAAUGAUUCACCUUUUCAGCACGCAGCUUCUUUUAACAACAAUGGAUACGUCGCCCUGCCAAGGUCAAGCUUCUCGAGAAGCGCACACGACUCACCAGAGACCAUUGAACUGGAAAUCAACACCUCCUCCUCUGAGGGUCUGAUUCUGUGGCAGGGAGUCGAGACCAAUGGCACAGUCACUGUGCGAAAAGUGCAUGCUAGCAAAAAGGAACGCGGCGAGGGCGGCAAAGGCAAGGACUUCAUCAGCCUGGGUCUCCGCAACGGUCACCUGCUCUUCAGUUACCAGCUGGGCAGCGGCGAGGCAGCCAUCAUGUCGAGGAGGACCAUCAACGACGGGAAAUGGCAUAAAAUUACAGCAGUCAGGGCGGGCAAAGAUGGUUACCUUCAGGUGGACGAGGACGCCGCUCUUCACGGCCAGUCCAGGGGCAGAAGCAUCAUGGUCAACACCAAAGGACACGUCUACCUGGGUGGCGCUCCGGACAUGGCCGCCAUGACCGGGGGGAAGUUCACCUCGGGAAUAUCAGGAUGUGUGAGGAACGUCUCCCUGAUGGACGCCAGGCCAGGAGAGCGGCCCGCCAGGACCAUCGACCUGCAGGCCCACGCCGCUCACAGCCUCAACAUGCGGCCGUGCACGUCCUAGACUGACAGGAAGUCCCCCCCCCCACACACACACAGAUGCAAAAACCGUACACAAACCCUGGUGCUUAGCUGCUACCCAAAAAAAAAAAAAACUGGCCGAUACAUGGUCGUGAUACCAAAACACGAGGGCUUCUUCUCUCCCUGUGGUUUUUAGUCCGGAUGAAGACGGUGAGAAGACGUGCAG